AUGAUGUACCUGCUCUACAAGACAAUAGCCAGAGCGACAAUACCGCCGUUACCUAUAUUGUCGCCCGAUGCUGAUCUUUCCGACGAUGCCGACAACCACAGCAUAGGUGCCGUCAUUGUGGCAUCUGUGGUGCCAAUCACGAUCAUUUCUACGCUCUUCGCCUUCGCGCGACUUUUUGUCAAGGGAUGGAUCCAACGACGAAUUCAGUACGACGAUGGUAUUCUCUUGCUGGCCGUGGCUUCGGGCUGGACUGCGACGGGAACCACGCUCAAGGCCGUGGCUCUGGGGAAUGGCAAGCACGUUGCCACCCUCACCGACGAGCAAAAGGAAGAAGCUCUUAGAUGGACAGUGAUGACCUUUGCCUUUGGGAUUGUCGCCCUGGCACUACCGAAGCUCACCAUCGUGGCCCUGAUAAACCGAAUCCUCAACCCGAAACGGCUUCACCGCUUCUUCCUCUGGGCGCUAGUGUUGCUGUGUGCCGUCGGGCUGUUGGGAAACGUGGUCGGUCUUUUCGCGCAGUGUCCACAAGAGGCAGUGGUGCAAAUCACAUUUACAAAGACGGCAUGCCUUGGCCCGGAAAGGGCGGUUGCCUAUUCGAUAUCUACAAGUGACGAUUCUGCAGAUCUCGUCAUUUGGACAAGGUAA